AGCAGUAUCGGAGUGAUCAAGACGUUAAGACAGAAUAUCGUUUCCGAACAUUGUCUGGAGUGUUGUCUGUUGAUUUUUCUAAAACGAGACAUGAAGUUAAGUAUAACGGUGAUGUCGUUAUGUUUUGUCCCAGUAGUAUUGGGAAAGAUACUGAACCAAGGUGGCGAUACUCUACAAGUCCAUAGCAAAGCCAUACUGGACUUACAAUUACGGUUAUCUACUGUAGAACAUCUGCGCAAUGAAGACGCACUACGCAUCGCUGAUCUUGCAAAAUGGCAGCAAUUUGACCAGAGACGUAUUGCAGAUCUUGAAAAACAACAACAAUUUGAUCGCAGCCGUAUUUCUGACCUUGUAAACAAAAGAGAUGAGGACAAUCGAACUAUAGCUGACUUUGAGAAAAAGCGGCAACGUUCUGCUGACCUUGAGAAAAAGCGACAAAAUGACCGGCAACGAAUUGCUGACCUUGAGAAACAGCAACGUGUUUUUCAACGCCGUAUUGCUGACCUGGAGAAGAACCCCAGAGAUGGUGAUCAACGUCGUCUAACCUACCCUCAGAAACAGGAACUUCGUAAAAACUUGGACUCCCAUCAGAAAUUUCCCUUUAACUCGUUAACCAACAGUACAACCCGUAUGGUCGAUGGAAGACGCAUGCCCAGCCUUAGGAAAUUGAGACGUUUUGGACCCAGUCCCAGAAAUUCUGAGUUACCAAGUCCAACGUUGGAAACAAGUGACCGAGGCAUUAAAAAACGUGUUUCAUCAGAAAAUGAAAGAAUGGUCGCAUUUAGUGCUGCCCUAUCGCAUGAUUACUCCUCUCUGACUAAUCUUAUGGAAAUACAUUUUGACCAUGUGAUCACUAACAUUGGGGGUUCUUACAGUGGAAACACAGGCACCUUCACAUGUACACAUGCGGGCGUGUAUGUGUUCUCGUGGACAGUGCACGCGCACUUGCGUUAUAUGUACACGGAACUAGUCAAAAACGGUGUUGUGGUUGGAAAUGCGUUUUCUGGAGAUUCUCAGUACAGUGGGACCGGUGGAGGAUCCUUGGUGGUACAGUUGGACCAAGGGGACGAAGUUUGGGUGCGAGUAAGUGAACAUUACUCUGGAACUCACAUUAUCGGUAGUAGAGGUACGACUAUGUUCUCUGGAUUUCUUCUCCAGUAGCAAUGGUCUCUGAACUUACAUACCAGUAGCCACAUCAAACGCGUAUAUCAGGUUCUUACCUAUUCCUUCAAUGUGAGUGUAGAUAAGUAAAGAAAUCAAUCUGU